CGUACCAAUAGUAUAGCCGGCCAAGCCAGAAACAGACAGGAGGUUACUUUCUUGUUGAUUGAAGCUGUAGAUAAGAAAGACAUCACAACCUCUUAACUAACCACUCUCGGUUUCCCCUCCAUCUGUCUGUCUAUCUGUCUGUUACUCGUCUUCAUGAGUAAUGCUGCAACGGCUCCGAUGAACUCCACUUCUACCCAACUCCAGGAUCCAUCUGCUCCGGGAAGAUACUCCAAGCGACCCCAAUAUUCUAGGUUUACCCAGCAGGAACUUCCAGCUUGUAAACCCAUUCUUACCCCAAGAUGGGUGAUUUCUGUAUUCAUGCUUUUGACAAUAGUCUUUAUACCCAUAGGGCUUGCAUCCCUUUUUGCUUCCCAAGAUGUAGUUGAGAUUGUUAAUCGUUAUGACGAUGCGUGUGCACCAUCUGGAACAAAAACGGACAAGGUUCGAUUUAUACAGUCCGAUGCAAGCAAAACUUGCAACAUAACACUAACUGUGCCGAAACAUAUGAAGCAGCCGAUUUACGUCUACUAUCAGCUUGACAACUUUUAUCAAAAUCAUCGAAGGUAUGUUAAGAGCCGAAGUGAUAAGCAAUUGAGGAGCCGAAAGAAUGAGAACAUCAUAAGUACAUGUAACCCUGAAGAUAAAGCGAAUGGGAUGACAAUUGUGCCUUGUGGUCUUGUAGCAUGGAGUAUGUUUAAUGAUACUUUCAGUUUCUCCACUGGCAACGAUGUGCAUUUGCCGGUAACAAAGAAAGGUAUUUCAUGGAAAAGUGAUAGGGAUCAUAAGUUUGGCAAAGAUGUCUUCCCUAAGAAUUUCCAAAACGGAAGUUUUAUCGGCGGUGCACGUCUCAAUGAAUCUAUACCAUUAAGUGAGCAGGAAGACCUUAUUGUGUGGAUGAGAACCGCAGCUCUUCCAACUUUUAGGAAGUUGUUUGGGAAGAUAGAGGUGGAUCUUCAAGCAGGUGAUACGAUAAAUGUGGUUGUGCAGAACAAUUAUAACACUUAUAGUUUUAAUGGGAAGAAGAAACUUGUGCUCUCAACCGCCAGCUGGCUUGGCGGAAAGAACAGCUUCAUUGGCAUUGCGUAUCUUGCUGUUGGUGGCUUGUGCUUCGUAUUAGCUGUGGCUUUCACCAUUAUAUAUUUGGCUAAGCCGAGGCGUCUUGGAGAUCCAUCUUAUUUGUCCUGGAACGGUAAUCCAAGUGGUCACUGAUUGAUUCGUGCACAAAAUGGGGUAAAUGGAUCCAUGUUUAGUGUCAUAUGUAACAUCUAUUUCUUUUUGAGGUUUUGGGACGAAGAUCAUCCUUCAAGUUUAAAUAUUAUGCUAGAAAUUAGCAAGUCGGCCAAUACUGUAACAAUAUGUUGUUUCAAGGAUGUUACCGAUUACUUAUUCAAUUUGCAUAUAAUUAUAUGUUAAUAUUAAA